AUGGCCCUCACAAAUACUGGAAACCCUGUUUCUAUUCUCAACGACUAUUCGCAGAAACUGAGUUUGAAGCUGGUUUAUGAAGACCUGGGCUUUGAGGGCCCCGACAAUAAUAGACAAUUCUCUAUGAGAGUCGUCCUCGAUGGGAAACCCUACCCAAAGGGUGUAGGAAAGAAAAAGAAGGAUGCCAAGCUAGCAGCAGCUGAAAACGCUCUGAAGUUGCUGCGUGAGAACCAACCUCCGGAUACAACGGAAAACUCAGCAAACGCCACUCCCCCUGUUAGUCAAACUAUCAACUACAUAGGUUGGCUUAAUGAGUAUGGUCAAAAAAACAGGGUGGAUAUAAGACCAGUGGAAACGAUACGGCCUGGACCCCAAAAUGCCACACAUUAUUGUAAGUUCAUAGUUGGUGACACCGAAUACCCAGAUGUUUGUGGAAAAACUAAAAGAAAAGCAAAGGAGAAAGCUGCCAAAGUGGCAUAUGAAAGAAUAAAUGCUGAUCAAUCUAGAGAGGUUGGAGAUUCUUCAGGUCAGCAAAGAGUCACAUCAGAGUUUGAAACCCCUACUUUCCUUGGUAAAGGAGGUUAUGGUGCUGUUUUCAAGGCAAAGGAGAAACUGGUGGACAGACAUUAUGCUGUAAAGGCCGUCUCAUAUUCAGAAAAAGCUUUUCGAGAAGUGAAGGCAUUAUCAGACCUCCACCAUGAGAACAUUGUUAGAUACUACCACUGCUGGAUUGAGGAUUCCAAAAAGCUGCCGGAAAUCAUCCAAAGGAAACUUAAAGAGUCCCCAAGUAUCACAUGUGAAAAGUACCUCUUCAUUAAGAUGGAGUUUUGUAACUCAACUCUUAAACAAUGGAUUAAAGAGAUGAAUGAGAAGGAGGUACAGGACUCCCAGAGAGGAGCAGAAAGUCUUCCUAUUGCAAAGCAAAUUGUCACUGGAGUGAAAUACAUUCAUGACAACAACCUCAUUCACAGAGACCUGAAGCCUGAAAACAUAAUGUUUGGAAAAGAUGGGAAGGUGAAGAUUGGAGACUUUGGUCUCGUCACUGUUGACAAAAGUGAGGACGUGAUGGAACGAACACAAGGACGAGGAACAAAAAGCUACAUGGCUCCUGAACAGAAGAGUAAGAGUUACGAUCAUAAAGUGGACAUAUUUGCUUUGGGACUCAUCUUCUUUGAACUCCUUUGGAAAUUCUCAACCUUCCAUGAAAAAAAAAAGAUUUGGGAUGAUGUGAGAGACAACAAGCUUUCCACAGAGUUUUCCCAGGCUUUUCCCCUCGAGUGCAUAGUAAUCAAAUCUUUGCUGAGCAAGAGCCCAAAAGAUCGACCAGAAGCAAGCGAACUUCAGAAAGCGCUGGAAAGAUUAAACAGACAACAUAUGCACCUGGAAAAUCAAACUGUGUGA